UUUUAAUUGUUUCGUUUUGAGCACUUCUGUUUAUUGUGUUUAAAUCUGAAUAUAAAAGCUGUCUCGCGAUUUUAUGCAUGUAUCGCGAGACUUGUUGCUCCCGUUGUCAGUUCUGCAGACUGGAAGUUGAACUUACCUUGCAGGAUCACCAGAAUGAUGUCUGAGCAGAGCGGUAAGGUCCAGACAGUGCUGGGUCUGAUAGAUCCUGAUCAGCUGGGCCGCACCAUGACACAUGAACACCUUACGAUGACAUUUGAGUGCAGCCAUGUUCCCCCAGCACCUGGAGAUGAGGGUCUUGCCAUAGCUCCCAUUGAGAUGAAGCAUCUUCACUGGUUGCAGCAGAAUCCAUACAGCCACCAAGAGAACCUGCUGUUGAAUCAGGAGAUCGAGGCGGUGAAGGAAGAGUUGCUGUGUUACCGUAAAGCAGGAGGAGGAUCCAUAGUGGAGAACACCACCACGGGCAUCACCCGAAAUCUGCCCGUUCUGCGUCAGUUGGCGAAGGAAACGGGCGUGCAUGUCAUAGCUGGAGCGGGGUACUAUGUGGAUGUGACCCACUCUGAUGAGACACGAAAGAUGACGGUUGAGAAGCUUACUGACAUUAUUGUCAGUGAGGUUCUCCAUGGAGCAGACGGCACAGAUAUCCGCUGUGGCGUGAUUGGAGAGAUCGGUACUAGCUGGCCAAUCACAGAGAGUGAGAAAAAGGUCCUGCGAGCCACUGCCCACGCUCAAACUCAGCUCGGCUGCCCGGUUAUCAUCCACCCCGGCCGGAACAAAGCCGCUCCUGGAGAGGCCAUCCGCAUUCUGCAAGAAGCAGGUGGAGAUAUCUCCAAAACAGUCAUGUCUCAUCUUGAUAGAAGCAUAUUUGAUCGUCUAGAGCUGCUGGAGUUUGCAAAGAUGGGAAGCUACCUUGAAUAUGACCUCUUUGGUACAGAGGUGCUGAAUUACCCGUUCAACCUUGAUAUUGACAUGCCCAACGACAGCCAGAGAGUUCAGAACUUGGCUUUCCUGAUCAAGGAAGGUUACGAGGACAGAAUUCUCAUCGCCCAUGAUAUCCACACCAAGCACCGACUGACCAAGUAUGGUGGUCAUGGCUUCUCCCACAUCCUGAAGAAUAUUGUUCCCAAAAUGCUGACUCGAGGAAUCACUCAGAACCAGGUGGACAAAAUACUGAUAGAGAAUCCUAAACACUGGCUGACGUUUAAAUAAAUCAACUGCCUUAAAUGUUAACAUACCAAAACUUGAUUUCUAACUUUUAUUGUUAAGAACGUUGAUUUUGGUGCUAAAUUCCAUACUUUGGUGAACAUUAAUCCACGUAAGAUUGCAGAGUUGGGACCCAUAGAUCAUGCGUAGGUUUAACGCUAACUAGAAUGAAUAGGUUAAAAUAUUCAAAUCAAAUAUUCACCAGGCUUCAAUGAUUAAAGUUCUCUCACCACAAAAAAAGUGGUUAAAAUAAAAACAUGGCUCUGAGUCAUGGAAAAUA